GGCGCGCGCACGACAUAACCGGAAGUCGGCGCGGAAGUUAGUUCCUAGCAAGCGACGUAAAGAAGAAAAAGUUUGUCAACCCUGCCAGCACAAUAUCAGAUCCAAAGAUGUCAUCAGGCGCUCUCUUUCCAAGCUUGGUGAGCGGCUCGAGGGGAAGCUCCAGCAAGUACCUGGUGGAGUUCCGUGCUGGUAAAAUGACCUUAAAGGGAAAUGUAGUAACACCGGACAAACGCAAGGGCACGGUGUACAUCCAGCAGUCCGACGACUCCCUGAUUCACUUCUGCUGGAAGGACAGGACGACUGGGAAUGUUGAUGAUGACCUGAUCAUCUUCCCAGAUGACUGUGAAUUCAAGAGGGUGAGCCAGUGCACCACAGGACGCGUCUAUGUUCUGAAGUUCAAGGCUGGAUCGAAGAGACUGUUCUUCUGGAUGCAGGAGCCAAAGACUGACAAGGAUGAUGAGUACUGCCGUAAGGUGAAUGAGUACCUGAACAACCCUCCCAUCCCCGGAGCGCCAGGCAGCGGAGGCGGCAGCGGCCACGAGCUCUCUGCACUCGGAGGAGAGGGAGGCCUGCAAAACCUGCUGGGAAAUAUGAGCCACAACCAGCUGAUGCAGCUGAUUGGACCAACAGGACUUGGAGGACUGGGAGGUCUGGGAGCUCUAGCUGGACCAGGACUUGCCAACUUGCUGGGCAGCGGAGGACCGGCCACCAGCAGCUCCUCAUCCAGCUCUCGUAGCCAGUCAGCAGCAGCCACUCCUUCAUCAGGUGGAGCCCCCAGACUGAGCUCCACUCAGGCUCCCACCACCCCUGUGACUCCUGCUGCCUCAGCUGUCUCCCCCACUAGUGUUGCUCCUUCCACACCAGCCUCAGCUCAGACCCCGGUGGUCCCAGCCUCUGUGGGAAGUCCCGCCUCCCACCAGCCCAUCCAGCUCAGCGACCUUCAGAGCAUCCUCGCCACCAUGAACGUCCCGGCUUCGGCUGCUGCUCAGGGGUCAGCGGUGGACCUUGCCAGCGUUUGCACCCCAGAGAUGAUGGCUCCUAUCCUGACCAACGCUGAGGUCCAGCAGAGGCUCCUGCCCUUCCUGCCCAGCGGAGAGAGUUUACCGCAGAGCGCUGAGGAGAUCCAGAACACGCUCAACUCACCUCAGUUCCAGCAGGCGAUGAGCAUGUUCAGCAGUGCCUUGGCCUCGGGGCAGCUCGGCCCUCUCUUGAGUCAGUUUGGUCUGCCGGCAGAAGCUGUGGACGCCGCCAACAGAGGAGAUGUGGAGGCGUUUGCCAGAGCCAUGCAGGGCAGUAAAGGAGACGCCAAAGAGAGGAAGGAGGACGACGAGGACAUGAGUCUGGACUAGAGCUCACGAUGUCAGACCUCAGCUGAGUCUCACUGAAAUCUGUCAUUCCUUUUCUUUUCAGUUCUUCUCUCUUUCAUGCUGCUGUCCAGAGCAGAGGUCUCACUGUGACUGUUCCUCUGAGAGGAGGCAAACAAAGCGGGACUGAGCCUCAACUUUGACUUUAUUUCCUUCCUGUUGUUGCACCACAGCUGAUGCUUUUCUGUCAUUCACUCUUGAUAAUAAAAGAAACUGACACACAAUCACUAGA